GCUCUUCCCCUUUUCAUUUUUUUAUUUUUAUUUAAUUGUUUCUACUUACACAUCUAAUGAGCUUUGAACCCAACAAAACAGCAUGUGCAUCCACACCUGAUCAAGAGUAUCUCCCACAACCACGCAAUAGCAACCAUAUCAGCAAAGCACCCUUAAAAGAUAAGCUAUUGACAAAUUCCUCCUAUUUAGCCGCAGAGAUUCCUUUAAAACUAGGACAUUUCAUGUCUAAUCUCUGGACGUCUGGUUCCGAACUUUCCAGUUCCUUCUUCCUUCAUAAUCAUGAGACAGAAACACAACAGCAUAUUAUCUGGUUAUUAGGAAAUGCCUAUUAUAAUAAACCUUUGGAUGGAAUUCAACAAGCGAUACUAGAAGCGCAAAAGGAUGAAAUGUUUCGUCCCGUUCAACAAGAAAACCAAGUUCAUACGGAUACUACUUCCAUGUCCAUGUUAUGGCCGUCUGAUUUUUAUGACGAUUUCGUGUCCCGAUUAUGGAUGACUUAUCGUCACAACUAUCCUCCUAUCCGUCCUUCCAAUCACAAGACCGAUAUUGGGUGGGGUUGUAUGUUGAGAAGUGGUCAAAGUUUAUUAGCAAAUACCUUAUUGAUUCAUUUUUUAUCGAGAGGUAAAAUUAAAAAAUGAUUUGAGUGUAAGCAAGGCAUUUAAUUUUUUUUUAAAAAAAAAAGAUUGGAGACGACAAAAGCAAG